AUGCCAGUUGAUGAUCAAGAAAAACUGCUUGAUAGGGCAGUUGCGGCCAUGGAGCAACAGAAGCGCACUGUAAAAAUGUAUUUUGAUGAUGGUUUGAACAUGGAUGGUUUGCAUUGCUGUGCGAAUGUACUUCGUGGAUUACGAACAUCUGGUCUAUCUCCCAAGUCAUACUAUGAGCUUUACAUUAAGGCGACUGAGAUACUUAACAGUGUUGAAGCUCAUCUCACCGAUGAAUUUAAACAGGGGCGAUCUAUUCCGCAUCUGUAUGAAAUCGUCCAGUAUGUAUCCAAUGUUCUGCCACGCAUGUACCUUUUGAUAACGGUUGGAGUUGUUUACAUAAAGUCGGGUGAACUUCCCUGUCGAGAGAUUCUGAAGGACUUGGUUGAAAUGUGCCGGGGAGUGCAGCACCCCCUUCGUGGCCUCUUCCUCCGCAACUACCUUCUCACUUCACUCCGCCCCAACCUUCUGCCUGAUUGUGGGGCCACAAGCGACAACUCAGCAACAGUGAUGGACAGCAUCAGCUUCAUCCUCCUCAACUUUGCCGAGAUGAACAAGCUGUGGGUGCGGAUGCAGCACCAGGGUCACACCCGAGACAGGGAGAAACGGGAGCGCGAACGACGCGAUCUCCAGGUGCUCGUUGGUGCCAACAUCCAUCGCCUCUCCCAGCUUGAAGCAAUCAACGCUGAUCUAUACAAAACCCACAUCCUGCCAAGUAUUCUGGAACAGGUCAUUCAAUGUCGUGACGUAAUUGCCCAGGAAUACCUCAUGGACGUAACCAUCCAGGUUCGUGCCGGCUUUUUGUAUUCAGUAAAAGCCAUCCUCAUUACCUUCGCUAACGCCUUUCCAGAUGAAUUUCACGCGGCUACCUUGCCACAGUUGUUGCAGGCAUGUGAAUGCUUGCAGCCCGCCGCCCGCUUGCGACCUAUCAUCAGAAGUCUGGUUGAUAGACUUCUGCACUACAUCUCGGAAAAAGAGGAGCAGGAGGAGGAGAAAGAGGAUAAGGAAGGCCGCAACAAAGAAGGCGAUGCCACAAUAAACCCAGAAGCUCUCUUCGAGUCACUGUCCUUGGAGAUUGGGCAGUUGGUUAGUCGACGCGCCGACCUCUACAACACCGCUCCAGACGACGCUCGAACGGGCCUUCCGCCAGAGGAUGUUCCCGGAUUGUUUGCACCCCUGCUGAACAUGGCGAUCUAUCUCAACUUCAGUGCCGAUGUUGUCAACCAGGUCCUCCUCAGUGCUGCGACUGCCUUGGUGAAUCUUUCUCCCACCAGAAUUCAGAGUGGUUCCUUGUUGUCGCGGGAACUCCUGACCAUACUCUACCUACCGCUCUACGGACCGCGAAGUCCCAAAAGGUCGAUUAACUCCUCCCUGGACUCAGCCACUUUUUCCAUCUUUUCCUCCGGUACCACACCGCCGCCCUCGGCCGGAUGCUCGCCGACGGGAACAAGCGAAUCGGGCGAGCUUGUCCGUCUCUCCACCCUCCUAAAUCUCACUGGCUUUUCGCGUCUCUUCGAUCUCCUCGACGUGCCUGCGCGUCGGCGUCUCGCCUGCCUUUUCAUCGCACGCGCCCUCGAACGCGAUUCCACAGGCGCUGGAGGCGAGGACAGCCAACGCAUCACCUCUGAGGCCGACUUGGACGCCUUCUUCGCGAUCGCUGGCGUCUUGGUAGAGCGUCCAGAUCCGGCGGUGGCACUGCCGCCCACCUCGUCGGACGAAUCGGCCGAGGAGCUCUCACUCCUGGCCUCGGUGGUCCACUUGAUUGGCCGUGGUAGCGGCUGCACGGAUCCUGAUGCGGUGAUUGGUCUGCUUAUAAAAACCCGGAAGCUCUUCGCUGCCGGCGGGUCUACGGUUGUCCGUGCCACGUUUCCAACUCUUGUCUUCAAGGCCAUCCGUCUUCUUCCCGUCAUUUACGAGACGCGCGAGGAGGCGAACGGGGCGAUCGCGGGCCAGGACAGCUGGGAGAUUCGGUGCGAGCGCGUGAUCGCCUUCUGUCACCAGUCGGCGACCAAGUUGAUCGCGUGCAUCGCACCCGACGCCGCUCUGCGUCUCUUCCUCAACUGCACCCUCGUCAUCGAAUCCGUGCCCUUUGAGAAACGACCGUUCUUCGCCUACGACUUCUUCUCGCAAGCAUUCACCCUGUUCGAGCAGGAGUUGUCAGACGCGCGUUCGCAGUUGUCGGCCUUCUGUCUGAUGGUCUCGACCCUGUGCCAGAUGCACUGCCUCGACGAGGACAGCUUCCAUGUGCUGCAGACGCAGUGCAGUCGUGCGGCACUCAACCUCCUCCUGCGCGCCGACCAGAGUCGUGCGGUCGCCAUCACGGCGCAGCUGUACAUGCGCGAGCAGGACAAGUCGGGCGUGUUCAAGUGCUUGGAGAAGUCGCGCUCCCUCGCCGACAUGUGCAUCGACUUGGACGCGCGUACCCAGCUGUACGUUGACCUCCUCAACUACUACGUCACCUUCCACCAACAAGGCCUUGGAACUUCCGAGCCAAUUAACGAAAUACUGACGGACCUGUUGAAGGAGACGGAGAAGUUGGUGAGCCAACUGGACAUCGUGCCGGAGCCCCUUUCACAGUACUUCAGCUUGACCAAGACGAAGGUGUCCGAAGUCCUCACAAUGUGA